UCGUAUGGGGCGGUCGUCUCUGGAAUAAUGCACUUUAAUAGUAGAUUUAACUGGAGUAGUGCUUUUUAACUUUAAUUAUUAUACAUUCAAAAAGCGAAUCAUUAUAUUAUAUUAUAUUAUUGUGACGCAUACAUAACAUCCGACUAGAGACAACUCCAAAUAUGACUGGUAUUGCAGCGAAGACAUCAGCAAUGUUCAACAACGGCGUGACCAGCGUCGAAGUUGUGGACAGUGAUAACGAUGAUAUUGGUGUUGAAACGAGUGGAAUUAAAAAGUUAUGGGUACCAUCAGUGAAUAAAUUUCGACAAUUUUUCAAAUCAUCUCCGAAUACGAUGUCCAGUAAUAAUAAACGCCACUGGCGCAAGCGUCAAAACAAGACAGAUACUGAGAACGAUCAGUACUAUGACCCGGACGAUGAUCAAGACGAUUACAGUGACAAGCAGGAGCUACACCAACAUGUUGAUGAUGGAAAUGGUAGUAAAAGUCAUGACAUAGAAGAAGAUGACGAUGAUGAUGAAGAGUAUCAAGACGAAGACAGACAAGUGCGAAAGAAAAUGCUCAAAAAACAAAACAAGAAAGAAGUAGAAGUAAAAAAAAAAAAAAAUACUGAAAUACGUUUAUUAUUGGCUAAAUCAUCAGAUGACACUAAAAAGACCGCAAAAAUAAUUUCGGAAUCUACCGCUGUAGUCUCGAUAGUGGACGAAAUAGAUUGUAAAGAAAAUCCAAACACUAAUAUCAAUGAUGGAGAAAGGGAAACUUGGGAAAGAAAUGCAGAUUUUUUGCUAUCUAUUAUUGGGUUUGCAGUAGAUUUGGCGAAUAUUUGGAGAUUUCCAUAUCUUUGCUACAGAAACGGUGGAGGAGCAUUUUUAAUACCAUACUUUUUAAUGUUGAUAUUCGGCGCUGUUCCCCUAUUUUAUAUGGAACUCAUAUUAGGCCAAUAUAAUAGACAGGGGCCAAUAAGUGUGUGGAAGAAUGUAUGCCCUCUUUUUAAAGGAGUUGGAUUUUGUGCUGUGUUGGUUGCAUUUUAUGUAUCAUUUUACUAUAACGUUAUUAUUGGUUGGUCGUUGUAUUUUUUGGCGAUGAGUACAACCAGUAGUUCGGGACAACUGCCGUGGGUGCACUGUAACAAUACCUGGAAUACAGAUACGUGCGUUGAACAGAAAGAUGAUUGGGCAUCGGCAUAUAACCAAUCGGAUCACGUUCAUAAUUAUCUACCUCGGACGCACGCAAAUGGGACUUUACUUUCAAUGUCCGAUGGUACAUCGAUAAUAGGCAGUAAUUUCAACAACCAAAGUUCACCGGCGGCUGAAUAUUUCCACCGUGGCGUGCUUGGCAUGCAAAUGAGCGACGGUCUCAACGAACUGGGUUAUCCAAAAUGGCAACUGGCGCUGUGUGUGUUCAUCGUAUACGUUAUGCUGUACUUGAGCUUGUUCAAAGGUGUUAAGUCGUCCGGAAUUGUCGUUUGGGGCACGGCCACACUACCGUAUUUAGUAUUGACAAUCUUGUUGAUUAGAGGUCUUAUGUUACCUGGCUCGCUAACCGGCAUAACCUAUUAUUUACAGCCCGAACUGUACCGCCUUUUAGAUACACAAGUGUGGGUGGACGCAGCCGUUCAGAUAUUUUAUUCAGUAGGAGCCGGGUUCGGGGUUCACUUGUCGUACGCGUCAUACAAUAAUAUAAAAAACAAUUGUUACACUGACUGCUUGAUUACAACGGCCGUCAACUGCUUUACGAGUUUCUUUUCCGGUUUUGUUAUAUUCACUUAUUUGGGUUUCAUGUCACACAAACAACAUAAGCCCAUAAGUUCGGUAGCCACUGAGGGUCCUGGUCUGGUGUUUCAAGUUUAUCCCGAAGCUGUAGCAACGUUACCCGGAUCGAAUAUCUGGGCCAUGUUGUUUUUUUUCAUGUCCAUCACGUUGGGCAUUGAUUCGGCGAUGGGUGGAUUAGAAUGCGUCAUUACUGGACUGAUGGACGAAUUUAGUGGCUUCUUUAAGAACCGUAAAUGGCCACGCGAACGUUUCACGUUUGCAGUCAUAGGUAUAUCGUUUUGCGUGGCUCUGAUUAAUGUGACACCGGGUGGCAUUUAUAUGCUUCAUUUAUUGGACACGUAUGCUGCUGGUAUAUCUCUGUUGUGUUCGGCAUUAUUCGAAUGCAUAGCUGUAUCGUGGUUUUAUGGUUUGGAGAAAUUUUGCGACGACGUGGAGAGUAUGAUCGGCCACCGUCCCGGUCUAUAUUGGCGAUUAUGUUGGAAAUUCGUCAGCCCAAUGUUCAUUAUAGGAGUAGUGACUUUUGCUUUGAUCGAUCAUCAACCGCUGAGCUAUAAUGGUUACGUGUAUCCAGAAUGGGCUGAAUGGCUGGGCUGGACCCUAGCCUUUUCAUCGAUACUUAUGAUACCUGGUAUGGCUAUAGUGCAAAUGUGCAGAGCAAGUGGUUCGUUCAAAAAGAGAUUGGCAUAUAACAUCACGCCAUUAAAUGAGCGUGAAUCGAUGGAAAAGAAUAAGGGCGAAUGUACUAGAUUUCGUCUAAAGCACUGGUUAUAUGUUUAGUGUAAUACUGAUCAUUUCAAUGUAUUCAUGUUUUUUUUUUUUAAUAAUAAUUAUUAAUUAUAUCGCUUUGUGUUCCAUUAAUUAAUUAAUAAUACAUUUUUGCUAUUGCUAAUAUACUCGUAUAUUAAAAAAUAAAUAAAAAACAAAAUAGACAAUAGUUAGGUAAGUACGAUAAUAUACGAUAAUCACGAUAAUACAACUUAACAGAAUUAUAAAUUAUACACACUAAUAUAACUCAUUUUAUAAAUCUAAUUAUAAUCAGGCGGAACAUAAAUGUACCUAACAAACUUAAUUGUUUAUAAACAUUAUUGUAUGGUAGACUAAUUUAUAUAAAAUUACUUUUGGCAUUAAGUACGUACUACGUACUCAGUUAGUACUUAGGUAGUAUAAUAUACUAUAUAAUAUUUAUACCAUGUACAAUUUAGCACUUGCAACAAUAUUAUUACGUGCCUAUUAUAUUAUAUUACCUAUGUUUACAUUUUACAGUAAGUUAAAUAAUGUUAUAAUUGUUGUUAAACGUUUAUAGUAAUAGAUAUUCUAUUAUCUACGAGACAAAUUUGCAACAUUAUUGGACGCUCUGUAUAUAUUGUUAUGCAAAACUGCCAAGUUUGAAAUUAUCAAACGUUUUACUUUAUAUGAACUAUAGGUGCCUAAAUGUUUAAAUAUAUCGAUAAUCUUUAUAUUAUCUUUAUAUACCUAUAAGUACUCAGGUAAAUUAUUUUUUAUACACUCAACAGACAUACUCGUAAUUAUUAUUAUACAUGUAUAUUAUGAUAUUAUUAUAUUAUAAUAUUUGUAGUGUGCCUAUUAAACUAUAGGCAGCCUAUAGUUUAAUACGAUACGCAAAUGUCAUUAGCGAUACAUAUACACGUAGAUACGCUGAACACGCAAACACACGCCACGCACACACUCACACAUACGCGCACGCACCUACACACACACACGCACACACACACACACACACACACACACACACACUUAUGCAUAAGAAAAUGUAUAAAUCAAUAAUUGUGUCAAAUUAACUGUGCAAUUAUUAUUUGUUGCACAAUUAGUAUCUUUAGUUAAUUUAUUUAUAUAAAAUGUAGGAGUAGGUAUAUUUAAUUGGUCACUAUACUACUAUAGUAUUUGUUAUACACUUAUACCUAUUAUAACAAUAUAUAGGUACGUUUAUAACAAUCCAUAUUUCCAUUUACCGCAUAUUGAUUGAGUUUUAAUUUUAGUAAAACUAUCUAAGUCACAUAAUAUUUAUCAUGCAAUACUAUUACAUACAUACAUACUACAUAAAUAAAUAUUAAUAUAUGUAGGUAUUAUAAUAUAUCAUGUAUUCCUACAAUUUACUUAUAUUUCACAAAAAAUGUUAUCACAAAAUCGUUUUAUUAAUAAUAAUCAUUAGUAUACCUAUACUCAUUAUAUAGUUCGUAAUACUAUACACUAACAUGUUAUAAUGUAACAUAUGUCACUAAAUAUAUAGUUUGUACUUUGUUUCAUUUAUAAUUUAUAGAUAUUAGAUAUAGUAAUAAUUAUUAUUAAUUGAUAAGUAUUAUAUUGAACAAAAUAAUAUAAAUAAGAGUAAUCGGAAUAAUAACAUCUCAAUAAUAUCUUAAAGACUUAAACGGUAUGAAUAUUUGUUGUUUACAGUUGAAAAAUUGUGUUAACAAAAGCUA